CCCUGGAUCUACACACGAGACGUAGCGAAUGUGGGGGAGGUACGGGGGAAAUUGGUGCACGAAAACGUAGUUGGGCAAGACGAUGUUUUCGGUUCCGGCUCAACAACUAGCUCUUCUUCUAUCCACCUCGACCCCCAUCGGCUGAACAACAUCACCAACUCCAAGUACUUCAACAACAAAAUCGCGAAUGUGUACUCUUCUGCCGGCAACCGGCCCCUCGGGAUCGCGUUUGUCAACCCGGACCAGAAGUCCGUCCUGCAGGUCUUUGGGCACAUGCUGACCCAGAACAUCAACAUCGAUGUCGAACAUUCGGAUUCCUGGUACCAGGGCAGAGUCCUCCGCGCUUUGAAGCACCGGGAGAAGGCGGUAGCGUCAUCAUGCGUCAGGUGGACCAUGUUGGAGAAUUCAGAUCAUACAGUUGCGACGUCGUCUGAUCGUGUUUCAACCGCGCAGUUGUCUUCAAGAAAUUAUCUUGCCGAACAAACAAGAAAACAAAAGUUCUUCCGCCUGCUACAUGGCGAAGCGGACGGCUUGCCAGGGGUAUUUGCGGACGUUUUCGGGCCUGUUUGCGUCGUUUCCUUCACGUUACCCGGACCCGAGCAGCUUGGGCAACGGCAGCUAGAGAACAGCCUGGGCGACCAGCAGACUUCUACCUCGUCAUCCGCUGGCGCAACUACCUUCAGCGCGGAAGACGAAUACUAUCUGAAAAUGUCUGAGGCCAUGCGGAUCAUGAUGGAAACCGCCGGGAAGAGUACAUCUUCAUCUUCUCAGCGUGAUCCACCACCCGGCUACGGCGAUCCAGAACUCGAAAAAGCACAUCGGGAGAUGAAGAACCGGGCGAAGACCGCGGCGAUGAAGAAGGAAGUGCUGAAAACGGUGAACAUGCAAAACAACUUCAUUUUGAGAGCGAUUUCCAAAGUCCUCUCGCAGGAGAAUGUUGAUCAGCUGAAUAUGAAUAAUUCCCGCAUGACAAAUGACAGCAACUCUCUGAAGUAUUUCGUCAUUCGCCGCGAAGACCCUUCGCGACGGCUCCAGAACAUGCAAGUGGUGGGAACAAGCCGAAGCACAAGCAGCAGACCAACUACAUCUGCACAAAUUGAAGCCUCGUCCACAACUUCCACUUCGGGGUCCUCCACAGCUUACGGCGCCGAUGAAGACCUUCUCGUCCUCGACGCGGACACGCUGCAGCCGAUUUCAAGCUUAGCCCAGAAUCUGCACAAAUCAAAAGCGGAGUACCAGGAACUGGUUGAUUCGGUUUUACGACUGCAAGUUGAUGAAAAUGUUAGCGCUAGCAGUUGCAAGUUGGCGGAGGAGGAGCAGAACGAUACCAGCACAGCAUCGCCACCUUUGUCGAGGACAUCUGCGUCAUCUUGUAUCGUUCUCACAGAAGAAUCCGGUACGUUUUCCACGAGUUUCAGAGAUAAAAACUUUUCCAUUCUGGACUGGGACUACUCGUUGCGGGACGUGAGGACAGCGUUAAACGAAAGAUAUUUGAAACAAGACCUGAUUUCCCACAUCGAUCUGUAUGGGAGUGGAGCAGCUGGGUCAUUUGUGAGCGAUGCAAUGUUGGAAAAACAGAAAGGGGCCACAGCAAGAAGAACCGCUGAAGAUGUAGCUGCUGCUGUUGGCGGCGAUCAUAUCCCAAGUGGUCGUAAACAAAAAGGUAGUUGUACUCUUGAGCGGGGGCGCGACGACCCGCUUCAGAACGUGGACCGGCACCAAAUCCAAAGCGUGGAGGAAGAUGAGCGAGAGCCGGGUCGAAAUGCGAGCAGCACGGGGUCAUCUGAUGGUACAACACAGUGCCGCAACACAGAUUCUCAAGAAGAGAAGAACCAACAAGACGAAGACCAUCUUGAGCCAGUCCCAGAUGAAGCCCGUCUGCACCGCGCUGUCACCGAGAGACUGCAUCAGCAUUUGGAGGCGCGAUUGGAUGAGAGAACGUUUUCUGCUACAGUGGGAGGAGGAGGAGGUGCUGACGAGAGAAUAAAUUCUCGGAAAAACACCAGACAAGGUCCGCGACGGAUCUACGCGAUGCAGAAGGCUGCAGUACGAGAACAAGAGCGCAGCUCUUCCUCAUCCCCAAUCUCGACCUGGGGGGCACACGCACGAACAACCACAAAAUCUACAGCACCCGCUCCGCUCCUCAUCCUGAAUCUCCCCCAGGUGUGUCCGACGGCUUUGCCAAAGGCGAUCGACAUCCUGCGCAUGAAAAUCAAGACGAUGUUGGAAAGCGCCGACGUUGGGCGGUGGAAAACUACUAGUGCGCAUGAAGAUGAUGAUGAUGUUGACAACGAGAAGGUGGAGAAACAAGGUUCACUUCCACUUCGUGGGCACAUGCAUGAGAAAUCGCAGGAGGUGGAGAAAAACAUUAUCCGCAAGUACAAGUACGUCCUCAUCCUGGUCCGCGAUCGUGUCAGUGAUUCGAUUUUGCGAAACCUGAUCGAGUACAAGGGAUUAGUGGUGGAAGAAACAUUUUCGAACCCACCGGAUUUUCCGAUCUUGCUUCACACCGCAAGGAACGCGCACGUGCGCGGGUUCCUGUAUCGGAGUCUGCAUUAUGACGGAUAUUAAGGAUAACUAAGUACUUCAUCCCCAAAGCUCUAUUUGUGUUUCGAACCUACGUUACAACGAGGCUGGUCGUCAUAUCCAGCCUACUUAUUUUUCGCUGCAAGAAGAGUUAAAGAGUUAAAGGCCUGCGGGACGACGUACGUGGACUGUUUCGU